AUGAGGCCUCGUACACUACACAUUCAUCUUCAACGCUGUCCCAUUGCUGACGUACCUCAAGACCACGACGCUCUCCGUAAUUGGUUGACUUCUCGAUUCGCUCUCAAGGAUAAGUUGUUCGCAGACCUCGAAGAGGUGAAGAAAAACAGGCAAAGACAACCAAACGUGGAUGAAGUUAAGGAUGCUUUUCUGAAUAACCUAUCCAUCAGUAAAGUGCCUAAUGGUUUCGACGAGCUUCCCCGUUUGCGGCGUCGGUGGCUCUUCACUGCCUUCAUCUGCUUAGCCACAGUCACUGCCUUCCUUCUCUUUGUUCAUCCUUGGCUUCGAUAUGCCUAUUUUGGCAGCGUGGUUGGUGCAACGCUGCUCGGAAUUCCCUAUGUCUGGCUGACCGUUUAG